AACCUUUGUGGACCAACUGAAGCUGGGCUGUGUCUGAAAGUUCACCUGGUUGAACUAGAACCCUCCAGGUAUCAUUCAUUACGUCAUCUUUAGUUUGGUUCUCUCCGUCCUCGCGCCAAAAUUAUGAGAGGGACAGAAUGUGUCACCUGUUCCUUCUGAAGAGACCAGAACGGGUUUGACAGACCCGGAACCCCCUGGAUUCUAGAUCAGGUUUUUGUUGUACCUGGUUCUGGUUCUGAAGAAAACACAACUUUCUGUUUUGGUUCUCUCCGUCCUCGCGCCAAAGUUAUGAGAGGGACAGAAUGUGUCACCUGUUCCUUCUGAAGAGACCAGAACGGGUCUGACAGACCCGGAACCCCCUGGAUUCUGGAUCAGGUCUUUGUUGUACCUGGUUCUGGUUCUGAAGAAAACACAACUUUCUGUUUUGGUUCUGGAGAGUCAGACCUCUGGAACUUCUGGAGAACUUCCUACCAGGUCAGGCGUUCUGAACCAGGUCAGGCGUUCUGGACCGGGUCAGGCAUCCUGGACCGGGUCAGGCGUUCUGGACCUGAUCACGUGUUCUUAACCAGCUCCACACAGAAUGAGCAGUGAUGAGGAGGUGCAGGCUGGCCGGACUCUUCCUCCUGGGGGGCUGCGUGAUGGUCUACCUCGUGUUUGUGAAGCAUCACUACUCCACCCACAGUCCCCACUCACACAGACCCCCUCCCCACCCUCAGCCCCGGGCACACAGAACCAAACCGGAUGGGUCCAGCUCUGCUGACGGAGACAGCUUUCAGUACGGCGUCAUGUUUGACGCGGGGAGCACCGGGACCCGCGUCCACGUCUUCAGGUUUCAGCUGGGUAACAAAGAACCUCCUAAACUGGACCACGAGACAUUCAGAGCCAUCAAACCUGGACUGUCGGCAUAUGCUGACGACCCACAAAAGUGUUCUGCAGGACUCGUGGAGCUCCUGGAUAUGGCUAAGUCAAGUGUUCCACCCUCCAUGUGGAUAAAAACUCCUGUCAUUCUGAAAGCCACGGCUGGCCUGAGGCUGCUGCCUGGACAGAAGGCCGACCAGCUGCUGGACAGAGUGAGGACGCUGUUCCACAAGUCUCCAUUCUUGUCCAGAGAUGACAGCGUCUCCAUCAUGGACGGAACAGAUGAAGGUAUUUCUGCUUGGAUCACCAUCAACUUCCUCACAGGCGGUCUCCAUAGCCACGGCUCCACCACGGUGGGCAUGCUGGAUUUGGGAGGGGGGUCGACACAGAUCACCUUCAGUCCACGAGAUGAGAAAACCAUCCAGGACUCACCUGUGGACUCCAUCCGGUCCUUCCAGAUGUUCAGUAACACACACACCGUCUACACUCACAGCUACCUGGGUCUCGGUCUCAUGUCUGCUCGACUCGCCAUCCUAGGAGGUCCCAGCUCUCCGGCUGUCCCCGUAGGCAGCAGCACAGAGCUGCUCAGCACAUGUCUCCCAGCAGAGUUUUCCGGAACUUGGGAGCACGCUGACAUCAUCUACACGGUGAAAGGACAGGAGGCAGGUGGACCGGCCUACGAAGCGUGCCGGUCCAUAGUGGAGAAGGUUUUGUUCAGGAAGGUGAUGAAGGCGUCUGAGGCAGCUGACGUGGACUUUUAUGCUUUCUCCUACUACUACGACCGCGCUGUCGACCUCGGGGUCAUCGAUGAGAAGAGAGGAGGAACCAUCAGAGUGUCCGACUAUGUUCAGGCUGCUCAAACAGUGUGCAGCCGUGUGAUCCGGGGCCCCCUGCAGAGCCCCUUCCUCUGCCUGGACCUAGUCUACAUCUCAGUUCUGCUCCAGGAGCUUGGCCUCCCCCCACACAAACAGCUCAAGCUGGCGAGGACCAUCAACCAGGUGGAGACCAGCUGGGCUCUAGGAGCCACGUUUCAUUACAUGGAGACCCUGAAGAGACCCUGAGUCACGGCUUCUGCAGAUUAUUCUGAAGUUCUGCACAAGAUCUUGGUGUGUCCAGAUCAGAAGACAGGGUCUGGAUAAGGUCUGGAGGAAUUGGUUUUGUGCUCUGUGACCAAUAUCAUAUGAACUCCACCGUAUGACCUUUGACCCCAUCUAUAAAUAUGUAUUUGUUAGGUGUCAGGGUCCAGCUUCCGGUUCUGUUUGGGGAACAGGACCUUUAGUCCCACCGAUGUUCUUCAAGAACGUCUGUCAACAUGUUUGAUAUGAAUGUUUGUUUCUGCUCUUGUGAGAUGUGAUCAGAUAAAAUCAUCAGGUGUGUGUGUGUGUGUGUGUGUGUGUGCGUGCGUGCGUGUGUGUGUGCGUGCGUGUGUUCAGUGAAGACUACAGGAACAUAGAACCCCACCAUGAGACACAGAAACAUCAAAGUAAAACAGAACUUUUCUUGUGGAGAAAAUGUUUUUUUAAACUUCUGGGAAAGUAGAUAAUUUUUACCCUAAAAUCAAAAUGACGUAGAUCUUUAGUCAAACGGAUUCGUCUUCACCACCAUUGUAGUAAAACAUGUUUGAUACGAUUGUGUCUGAGCGGACCCACAGCGCCCUCUAGUGGUGGAACUCUACGCAUCAGCGCCGUUUAAACCAGCCUGAAACAAACGUACAAAGCUGAUGUUCUAUAAUAAAGACAAGAAAAGAA